UGCUCUCCUGUUACCUUCUGCCUGAUGAAGCCCACUCCUGUGCCAUGUCCUAUCUUUUCCUGUCAUCAUCUUUCCUCUUCUAUCUUCCGUUGUCUCCUCCUAACUUAUCCUCUCCGUCCCUCAGACCUUUUAACGCCUCUAUCGGGCAUUUUCAUGCGAACAGUGGGGUAGUCAUAGUCAGGAGGACAUAAUUCUUUUAUUUACUGUGUAUCAUGUGCGCCUAAUACCAAGCUUUUGGUCUGAUAUAAUGUUUCGAAGAAAGAAUCAGGAGAACAAGCUAGGUAACGUACAUCUCUCUACGCUCCUAAUUUAAAAACGUCUUUGGUGUGCGUCUUCUACGAUCCUGAUACAAAGAUUUUUGAGAGGUUUUUAUAAGGUACUUGUUUAUCCAAGCUUCAAUAUUUCAUUAUUCGGUGGCGAAAUGGUUUGGCGAGGUGAUUUUAGUAUCAGGAGGUGUUUUUGAGGAGGUUUAGGUAUCAGGGGUUAGGGUUUUCUCGUGCAGUUCGUGAAUAAUCCUGCUACUAUCUGCAAAUGUAUUGAGAUAAGGAAAAUCUAAGGCGCUUCUGGUAAACUUUAUGGAUGGCCUAGAUCAAGUGAACAUAAAAAGAAAAAGGUGGAGGUGCUGGUACCAGGAGAACAUCAGCGAUCUGCAGUGACGUAAUUUAACGAAAAUGCUGUCGUGCCAGCUUUGGCUACUAUCACCAUACAGAAUAAAAAUUGAGUAACACCCAUUUGGCCUCCGCCGUGACGCAUCAUUGUCAUUACCCCUGACGCGUGUACUUUUAUCGGAAAUUGUGAAAUUCUAUUGAAAAUGUUACGGUCUUCUCAAGUAAAUAUUCAUGGAGUUCUCAUAACAAUACAAUAGACAUUAUUUGACGAGGCACACAUGCAGCAUUACGUGAAUACCAGGCAAAUAGUGAGGAAAAUUUUAAUUUUGCACAGAAAACGACUGUCAAGUUUUGUAUUUUGACCUAGUUUUUUCCAUCCGGAGGUGAUGUAUCGUCCAAGAUCAGAAGCGCACAUUUCCGAUUGGACUGUAAGUAAAAAGGCCGAUUUCAAGUAAAACGUUCCGCUUCCACAGUGCCCAACGCUCAACGCGGUCGAGGUCAGGGACGCCUACAGGAGUUUCGGCAAGGUUAACGUGCUGGAGGGAUUCAGCAUGACCGUUCCCACAGGAACCAUUUACGGUUUGCUGGGUGCCAGCGGUUGCGGCAAAACGACAAUGCUGGAGUGCCUCAUCGGGAGGCGGGGUUUGAACCAUGGAGAGGUGUACGUUCUCGGCCAAAAGCUUCCGCAUGCGGACAACGAGUUGCGGAUCGGUUACAUGCCCCAACGGCGACUUGACCAUUGGGGAGACCUUCCUCUUCUUCGGGCGCGCGAUUGGUAUAAAAGAACUCAAGGUAAAGGAGAGGGUGGCUUACUUGACCGGCCUGCUGGAUCUCCCCGAUAAAAAUCUCCAACUGAGCAGCAUCAGCGGCGGACAGCAACGACGCGUCUCCUUGGCGAUCGCCAUUUUGCACGAGCCGGAACUGUUAAUUUUGGACGAACCGACGGUUGGCGCCGACUCCAUCUUGAGACAGUCGAUCUGGGACCAUUUUAUUAGUCUUGUUGAAAGUAAGCGCGUCACCAUCUUGAUCACGACGCACUACAUCGAGGAGGUGCUGCAAGCCGACGUGGUCGGAAUACUGCGCAACGGUCGCCUCAUAGCCGAGAAGAAUCCCAGGCGGCUGCUGCGGGACCAUCGCGCGUCGUCCCUCGAGGAGGUGUUCCUAAAACUCAGCGCCACGCAGAAUGAAAGUCGCGCCUCGUGCGAGCAUCCCGACGUUAAGGAGCCGUUGAAGAUCAAGCAGAGUUUCAGACUGAGGCACAGUCACAUGAAGGCGCUGAUUUGGAAGCACUUCGCGUGGUUCGUCAAGAACUGGGCGAUGACCUUCGUCAUCACGCUACUUCCGGUUUUCACGUUGUUUAUCUACUGCGUCGCGAUCGGGCACAACCCGGUGGACUUUGUCGUUUCGGUGGCGAAUUUGGAGACGGGGUCGCGGAAUUGUAACGCGUCGGCGCUUCACUGCAACAGCACCGAGUUAGGUUGCUUGUUCCUGAAGGAACUCUCCAAGCAACACUUAAUAGUGAAGCUGUACAGUACCGAGCAAGAGGCGCUCGAUUCCGUCGAGAGAGGUGCGUCCUACGCGUCGAUUACGAUUAAGCCAAACUAUUCCGACGCCAUGCGCGCGCGCGUUAACGAUCCGCGACGUAUGAGCGCAUCGGACGCGAGCGCCUCCACCGUGGACGUCGUUAGGGAUGUCACGGAUAAACCCGUGGCGUUGUACACGCAGGUAAUGCUCUACGAGACCUUGGAGAGCUUCUACUACGCGUUCGCCGAAAGCUGCGGGGUGAGCCCGCGUGGGGCCAGGAUUCCGAUUAAGUGGGACAUACUGUACGAGUGGAUGGGUACGAAUUUCACGGACUUUACUAUUCCUGGGGUGCUAACUAUGAUAGUCAUCACUACGGCAAUACUACUAAGUGCUCUAGCGGUUAAUGCAGAACGUAGCGAAGUCGGCCUGGAGCGGAUGUUCGUAAUAGGAAUCAACAAUCUGGAGCUGACGAUAUCCCAUCUCUUCGUCGUGAGUGUGAUGCUGUUGCCUCAGAUCGUUCUCACCAUGGCGGUUCCCAUAUUCGCAUUUGGCCUGACAAAUAAAGGCCCCAUUGCGCUUACGUUCGUUUUUCUGUACCUCACUGGAUUUUUUGGCCUUUGCUUCGGUAUAUUCUUGGCCAGCAACAUGAAAUCAAUUCUGGAAAUUUCGCUGAUAACCAGCUGCCUGUACUUCACCAUGCUGUGUACGUCCGGGAUGUUGUGGCCGAUCGAAGCCAUGCACUGGCUUCUGCGGUGGACGGCUCGAGUGUUUCCCUUCGUGCGGCUGACGCAAAGCCUGAGAAACGUCAUGCAUCGGAACUGGAGCCUCUCGAAGAUAGAAGUUUACGAUGGACUGUUAUCUGUGUGCAUAUGGUCGAUGAUGAUUUUGUUCUUUACCUUCUGCUUGUUCAGGUAUCAAAAAGGCUAACUGGUGUAUACCACGUUGCCAAACUUCCCUCCAGGAAUCCGUUGGCCUGGAGACGGUAGGUUUGUGCUCCUUACACUUGGAAUUUUUACAAUAAAGAACAUAAAUUGA